AUGGCGAGGGGGAAUCAAAGAGAUCUUGCGAGACAAAAGAACUUGAAGAAGCAACAGGAAGCAAGUAAGGGACAGAAGAAAGCUGGUGAUCCAAAGAAAAGAAUGGAAAGCGAUGCUGAAAGGAUGAGACAAAAACAAGCUUUAGGUUUGUAUUACGAGAAAUGUAGAUAA